AUGACCACACAAUCAAAUCCCGCUCUCAUUGCCUUUUACCAUGUUUCAGCGAUCAAGGAUUGGACGUAUGUUAACAUAACAGAAUAUUACCGAGCGAAAUUAGAAAACAAGGAAUAUAGGAAUGUAUUGGAUUGUGUAAAAAAGGAUCUUACAAAGGUGGCAAAGAAUUCUGAAUUUGAUAAAACUCGUCAAGAAAAGGCUGAAACGAUUCUUAACAAUUGGAAACGCAAGCUGGGACUCUUGGUUUACGGAAAUGAGCUCUUCAACGGUGAUGAACUCUUGGUUCGACGCUUAGCGCAAGCUGGACUCUUGGUCUGCAGUGUUCGACGCUUAGCGCAAGCCGAUUGGUCAUCGUCAAAGAACUUGAAACAAAAUUCGGAUGAUAUAUCUGAAUAUCGGACAUCUGCAGAUUCUCAGAUAAUUAACAACCGUUGUGUAAAACGUUGCCGAGAUGUGAAUAUUAGAGGGGAAAUUUCAGAACCGGUAAAAAAGAUCAAAGCUACUAGUGGAGAUGACGAGAGGCGAGCUCCAGAAUAUAUCAAUUCAUCAGAACGAAGCGUAGAAGAUGAAACAUCGGGUUUAGCUGAAGAUUCUCCCGUUACUACACCCUCUCCAUGUUAUAACAGAAGGGAUGAUUCCUUUGAUGAUUACAACGAAGAAUCAACCGAAGCAUCAACUGAGGACUCUCCAGAAGAGAUAGAUAUUUUCUUCCGAAGUGCUCCUGAUGUUGCUAAAAAUGUUAAAAUGAAGACCAGAAAGCGUACAUUAAUGGAAGAUACUGGAAGCAAAAUCUCAAGCAAUGGUGCUAAGAGAAAUAAAUCAAGUAACCAGAACAUUAUCGUUGACGCUGGCCAAUCAACCAGUGAUGAGUUCGAAAAUAUUGAUAAUCCUAUCGACAAUCCGGAUAAAGAGGGUGUAGAGUCAGAUGAUGUGGAAUUUACUGAUUCUUCAAUUUCGAAUGAAUCCAAAAAGCCAAAGAUGAUCCUCUCGUGGAAGCACGUUACUGAGAAAAUUAUAGUUGAUCGUAGUUCGGAUCAUGAUUGGAUCAUGAAUGGAUAUAAUAUUUCCAAAGGCUUUCGUGAAUUUCAAACACAAACAGUGGAACUGUUAAAGAACAACCCAUCCCUCUCAUACGCUACAGAUGUUGACCAAAUAUUAUGUCUCUCUUCGAUAAUAUUUGUGAAAGAAGACAAACCCGAGUAUGUCAAAUGCUCCGAUCAGAUCUGGAAGAGUGCGUUGCCUAGACUACUAACCCCCGAAACAUUGCCAGUUGUUGUUAAGCUCAUGAUCUUGGAUUAUAGCGAGCUUCUAACGAAUAAAGAUUUGUUACUAAAAUCAUGGCAUCAAAAUUGGGCGAAAUGGGACCCCGCAAUGACCGAGGAAGAGAAGAAAAUAUUUGACUGCGUACAACUUGUUAUGAGAAACUUUUUCUUGACCUUAACAUCAAAUGAAACUGAUCAGAAAAUGGACGAAGAUACCUUCGCUCAUAGAUAUUUACAUGUAUUGUUAGAGGAAAUUUUUAAUACAGAUGAUUAUAAAUUCGUUUGGGCCAACGGAGAGUCUUCAAGCUCUAAAAGCCGACGGAAAGCCGACAAUCACACACACGGAAGGAAACCUGAUUUUCGGGUUCUCUUCAGCAAAGAUAAUAAAAAACAUGAAAUCACCUAUGGAGAAAUAAAGCCCCCAUCUACACCUAAUAAUGUUGUGAACAAAGCUUUGAUAAAACUCGCCGAGUUCAUGAAGGGAUCCUUAGAUGAUAUAGGUAAUAAACCGGGGUUUGAAACAUAUGGCAUACUUGUUACUGGCUCUCAUGUUAAAUUAUUUAGCAUGGAUCUCAACUUUGAUGGUGUAUACAGACUUAACCAAAUUGGAAAAAUGAUCUUGCCAACUGAACAUGCCAAUUUUCUAACUAUUAUCCCGGUUAUUUCGAAUUUCUACAGCUUAUCGAAAAGAGUUGGUCGUGCUAUUGAGAUGUUAAAUGCACCAUCUACACCGACAAAUCAAUCCUAUCGUAGGUUAUCAAAUUCGUCGCCUCAAAAAGUUAUUUCAGUACUGAAACUCCCGCCUCCUGUAGUUCCUUAA